AUGCCACCCAAAGCACCCCUCAAUUGGGGUCUUCUACCUCCGUCCUUCCUCGUCCCUUCGUCAGCACGAUAUCUCCUCCAGCAAAAUGCAUCAUCACCAAUAUGUAGACCCGCAAUCGCAUACACAUCGAUCCGUACCAUAAAAUCCACCUUCACACCCAAGCCCGACCGCUUCGCACACCACCCCUCCAAACCCGCCUUGGAAAGCACAUCGACAGCCGCACUCGAGCGACGAGCCCACAGCACGCCCCUUCGCACAGGACUGCUCGCAAUAAAAAAAGGCAUGACGUCCAUGUACGAUCCAGAAACCGGCAAGCGAGCCGCCUGCACAGUACUGCAAGUGGACCGCAACGAAGUUGUCGCGCACAAGCGGAGAGAAAAGAACGGAUACUGGGCUGUACAAAUCGGGGCAGGCCAAAAGGAAGCGCGCAAUGUCACACGCCCGAUGCUCGGUCACUUUGCCGCCGCGGGCGUCAGUCCGAAGCGGUGGGUUGCUGAGUUUGAGGUGCGCGAUGAGGCGGGGCUGCAGGUGGGUAUUGGGGAGAUGGUGGGCGCGAAUUGGUUUACUCAAGGCCAGUUUGUGGAUGUCAAGGGCACGAAUAAGGGAAAGGGGUUUGCGGGUGGAAUGAAACGACAUGGCUUUGGCGGUCAACCUGCUUCUCACGGUCAAUCGCUCAUGCAUCGUGGUAUGGGUUCCGCGGGAGGAUCUCAGGGCUCUGGAUCCCGUGUUUUGCCUGGCAAGCGCAUGCCUGGUAACAUGGGUAACCAGAGCUGUACAGUCAAGAACUUGAAGGUACUACAGGUUGAUGAGGCAAACGGCAUUGUAGUUGUUGGUGGCUGCGUACCAGGUCCAAACGACCAAAUCAUUCGCGUCUCAGAUGCUCUCGGUAAGCCAUGGCCAAAGGGCCCGAUGACGACGGCGGAACUGGUAGCUCCGCAGACGCUGGCUACGGCUGGGGUUGCGGAUGCUUCUUCUGCAGAGGCUACUGUGAGUGCGUGAUGAGCGUAACUGUAGCUUGUAUAUUGACAUGUUUGUAUCAUUGCACCACUCGAAUUGGGUGGAAUUAGCACUUUGUAGGAAUAUAUAUCCGAGAUAUGUUGG